AUGGACGCGCCUGAACCAUCCCUCAAGGCACUGUUCAGUCAAGCAAAGAAACAGCAAGAAGACUUGGACAACCUCGACCCCCGGAGUGCCACCUUCAAACAUGCACUACAGUCCAUCAUCGACAACCUCGAAAAAUGUCGCAAGUUAAUCCAAGACCUCUCUUUGUUCAGCACGAAUGAAGAAGUGGAAGAUAUCUCCACGCAAGAUCUGCAAUAUCUGACCGUGGACUGUCUCUUGGCAGAAAUCAAGAUCAAAGGAUAUGGGGAAAACAGGCAGUCAUCAUUACGGGAGGCAGCAGGACUCUUCGAACAGUUUUUGACUCGGCUAGAUCAAUAUGGUCUGCUCGGUGCCUCAGAUCGGAAGCUCUACGAACGCUACCUCGAACAGCGCAGUUCAUUCCGGAUAGUCACCUCCAACAGCCAUGAGGAGAAACGCAGGAUCAAGAUCUCUCGCUUCCAGGAAGAAAAGUCCUUGAAGCAGAGACUGCAGUAUCUGAGAGAGGAAUCAGAGAAAUCGAAUGUGGACGACGAGACCAUUCGGAGUUUGUAUUUGGCCGAGAUUGCUUUCCUAGUCAACAAGGCGUUCUCAUCUCUAGAUAUGAUAACACAGGAAUUAGAAAUCUUGGCUCAAAUGCGGCACGCCGAACCAACCAGGCCCGGGCCACCACCUUUAGACCAGAGAGCUCCAACGAGACCGGAUUCCUAUUCAGAGCGUCUAGAUGGACCCGGCACGAUGGCAGGCCUUGGAAAGAGAGGAGGUCCCUUGCUCAGCUCCAGCGGAAAGCCUCUUCAACCAUUCACCCUGACAGACAAGAGAACCCAAUUGCAACAGGGCGUGUUUAGGCCCGGCCACAACCUCCCAACCAUGAGCAUCGACGAGUACCUCGAAGAAGAGAGGCGAAGAGGUGGUAUUAUCGACGGUGGAGGGAACGCCAAUGCACCUCAGCCCGAGCCCGACGAGGAUAACAUGGAGCAAGUUGACGCUGCCACGAUCAAGGCACGAGAGUGGGACGAGUUUGUCGAGGCCAAUCCGAAAGGAGCUGGAAACACGUUGAAUCGGGGGUAA